AUGGAUCCUCGUCGGGCCUCCCUCAGUGACAUGGAAGAUGGGCUGAAUGCGCAUACAUCCGAACCGUUGGACUCUCUUAAUCAAACAUCGCAUGACACCUCCACACCCUUCACUACAACUCCCUCCCGAUCUCUCAGUACCAAGAAAGUGGGCACUCCUUUACCCGCCAACCUAUUACCCUCGGCGCCCGCAUCACCCCCGACCCCAGCACCCAGUCCGACCCCCCAUCAAAGACCCCCGAACUGGCACACUACCGACGAUGAUGAGAAUGGCUUCCUGUUGAAUCUUCGCAUUCACUUCAGCACACUAUCGAACGCCCGGAAACAAAGACUCCUGGAGGGUCUUUUGGACGUAUGCGACAGCCAGCAGUUGAGCUUUGUGUCGAGUUACGUUGGCCCCCGAUUGCGGAAAGACCCAUUUCAAGUUUUCCCCAACGAGUUAUGUUUAAGGGUUCUCUCCUUUAUCGACGACCCCAAGACUCUCGCCAGGUCCUCGCAGGUAUCAAGGCGCUGGCGAGAGUUAUUAAAUGACGACAUAACUUGGAAAAAUCUAUGCGAAAAACACGCAUAUUCAGUGCGUCGAGUCCUAGAGGACGAAGGGGACCUCGUCGACCCCUUCACCGCCCAUCCGGUGGACUCGGCCCCCGGCGCACGCGCCUUCAGUGGCCUGCAGCGGCGCUUGACCGCGUCAAACGGGCAGUCGACAGAGAGUGCACCGGAACUUCCCCGCACUCUAUCCGGAGAAUGGUUGCCUCCGACUAGCUUCCCCUCCCGAAGACGUCGCACCCGACCGGUCUCUUAUCGCUCACAGUUCAAGCAAAAAUACAUGGUUGAGUCUGCUUGGAAUAAGGGUGGUCGGUGCACCCAGCGCCACAUCACUCCCGACCAAGGUGUGGUAACAAGUCUCCACCUCACCCCGAAAUACAUCGUGGUAGCAUUAGAUAAUGCGAAGAUCCAUGUAUACGACACCAACGGAGACAACCAAAAGACACUCCAAGGACAUGUAAUGGGAGUAUGGGCGAUGGUACCUUGGGACGACAUCCUAGUCAGCGGAGGCUGUGACCGCGAAGUUCGAGUUUGGAACAUGGCCACAGGUGCCGGGAUCCACCUUCUUCGAGGUCACACAUCAACAGUCCGUUGCUUGAAGAUGUCUGAUCGCGACACUGCCAUCUCAGGAUCGCGAGACACAACGCUUCGUAUUUGGGACCUUGCCACGGGAACCUGUCGCAAUGUUCUUGUAGGUCACCAAGCAAGCGUCCGGUGUCUUGCGAUCCAUGGCGAUAUUGUCGUCUCAGGUAGUUACGAUACAACCGCGCGGAUUUGGAGCAUCUCCCAAGGACGCUGUCUCCGCACGCUCUCAGGCCAUUUCAGUCAAAUAUAUGCGAUUGCAUUUGAUGGCCGGCGCAUUGCAACUGGAAGUUUGGACACCAGCGUUCGGAUCUGGGAUCCGAAAUCUGGUCAAUGUCAUGCCAUUUUGCAAGGUCAUACGUCUUUGGUCGGUCAAUUACAGAUGCGGGACGACACCUUGGUAACAGGUGGCUCGGAUGGCUCUGUACGUGUUUGGUCUUUGACCAAAAUGGCUCCUAUCCACCGACUUGCGGCACAUGACAACAGCGUCACGAGUCUGCAAUUCGACAAGACCCGCAUUGUCAGCGGUGGAAGCGAUGGUCGUGUUAAGGUUUGGAACUUGCAAACUGGUUCUUUACUCCGAGAGCUUUCAUCCCCAGCCGAUGCUGUUUGGAGGGUUGCUUUCGAGGAUGAGAAGGCAGUCAUCAUGGCGAGCCGAUCUAACCGCACCGUCAUGGAGGUCUGGUCCUUCUCGCCGCCAGAAGAAGAAUACGACGAACUUGCCCUCGAAAGUGCCUCGAGUACUCCCGGGUUCAGCUCCGUCGAUGACAGCGAGUUGUCAGUGACUCCUCGACGCAGAAAGCUGUUCUCCGACCCCCCACCUUCCAUCCCAGGCACUGAUAGCGAUGCGCCAAUGCCAGACGCUCCCUCCUCAUAA